AUGCCACCGAAAGUUAACUCUACAAUCCUCUAUGUCGGACUGAUUCCCUUCGACUGGGACGAAGAAACUGUGAAAUCCGUUAUCUGCGGAUCAGGAAAUGUUGUAGAUGUUAGGUUAGGGUUUGAUUAUGCUGGUAAAAAUAAGGGAUUCUGUUUCGUUGAAUAUCAAACCAUACGUGACGCACAAAGAGCAUUUCCAUUAUUAAACCAAAUUACUGUCUUUCAUAAUAAUCAUCCUAAGAAAUUAAGAAUAGAAUCAUCAAAGGAAGGUUUUCAAAAAGGUGGUCCACAACCGCCUUCUGAUCAAAGACCAAUCUUACAAUUGAAUCGAAAUAAAUUACCUGAUUAUGUAAGAUUACCUCAAGAAAUGUUGAUGUAUCCAUCAGGGAAUAGAAUUAGUAAUUCUCCAAUUCCAACAAAUAUACCAAUGAAACCUCAUCGUGGUGGACCAGGACCAGGACCAAGAGCAGGACCAGGACCUGUACCAGUACCAGGACCAAUUACAACUGGUCCAGCGCAACCUAUGCCGACCAAAUUAACGAAUGCAACAAAAACUUUGCAACAGCCACUUAGUUUACCAUUUGCAAUUACUGACAAAAUUAACGAAACAUUAAGUAAGAUACCACCUGUACAAUUGAUUGAAUUAAUUGCUAAUUUAAAGAAUAUGUUGAGUGGACCUGAUGCUCAUCGUGUAAUGGAUGUGUUUCAGAUGUCACCAAAUUUUGCAGCAUCAGCCGCACAAGCAUUGUUAUUAAUGGGGUUUAUAGAUAGUGAUGUGAUUAGUGAGUCUAUGAAGUCUGCAUCCUCUACGCCACAGCCAGUACAAGUAAGUACUCCAUCUAUACCUACACCAGUGGCAGUUAACCCUGCUUACAACCAACCUACUUAUCAUGCGCCACCUCCUCCAUCUACUUUAUAUUCAAAUCCUUAUGGAUUGCCCAUACCCGCAUCACAACAACAACAACAACAACAAUAUCAGUUCCAACAACAACAGCAGCCACCGCAGCAGCAAUUAUACCAACAACAGCCAAUAUCGAAAUGGCCACAUCUUCCUCUUGAAACCCAGAGGAAAUUGUUGGCAAGACCUCCUGAUCAGGCUGAAUUGAUGGCUCAAGUAUUGUCGUUACCUCCUGAUCAAAUAAAUUCAUUACCACCGGACAAACAGGAAAUGGUCAAGAGUUUAAGAGCGGAAUAUUUGUAA